UUAUCACGUCAUUUGAUGACCAAAUUCCAAUUGGAGUCAUAAAUUGAGUGAAAUUUUCGAUUUUUCUGCAUAAAUAAGGAGUUUAAUGUAAGAAAAAGUGUCGAAAUAGGACAUAAUGGAAGGAGCUUGGGCCAAUUCUGACGCCAAUAACUUCAGAAAUCCACAAAUAAUGGAUGAUACUUCGAGAAUUUUCAAUCGUCAAGGGAUGCAAGGACUAUCGAGACCUUCUGCGCCUCCUGUUCCUCCUCGUCCCUAUGGAGGUAAUUCGAUGCCCUAUAAUGCAGGAUAUGGCGCUUCCAGCUAUUUUGGAGGGGGAUACGGAGGCUUUGGAGGCGGAUAUUCGCCAUUUGGCAUGUCCGGGAUGUACGGAAGCGGAUAUGGAUCACGAUUUGGGGGCUUCGGAGGUUAUGGAUAUAGCUCAAUGGGCGGCGGAGAUGCCGAAAAUAGAUUCAUUCAAAUUGCAGAGGAGAGUUCCCGUUCGGCUUUUCAGAGUAUUGAGUCAGUUGUGAAUGCCGUGCUAAAUAUCGCUCAAAUGUUGGAAAGUACCUAUUUCGCGCUUACGAGUUCAUUUCGGGCUGUUUUAGGUGUCGCUGCGAAUUUCGGACGACUUCGGGGAUUAUUUUCGCAGUUUUGGACCUCGUUUGCGCUUUUUAGAACCUUUAAUUGGCUCAUAAAAAAAGUAUUGUACAUGUUAAGACUAUCGAACAUCGAUCCGGGCUCAAAAGCGUUGCAAGAAGCCUAUAUCGCUGCCCAAUCCGGCGAAAUGUCCCCACAAAAGUCAAGUUCGUUGGCUGUCAUCACAUUCCUCGGUUUUAUCACGAUUGGACCGUAUCUCCUGAUGAAAUUGCUCGGCACAGUCAGCAAUACAGCGAUAGAAGAAACCAAAAACCCCAAAGCAUGGACAAAUCCGAUCGAAGCUGUGGCGCAAUAUGACUUUGUAGCUUCGUCGCCCGCCGAAUUGAGUGUCAGAUGCGGGCAAAAUGUCGUCGUUGCACCGAAAAGCGUUCAAAAUGUUCACAAAUUGCUCGAUUCGGGAUGGGUUCUUGCAAGUACAGAUGGCGUGACGUCAGGAUUAGUUCCCGUUAAUUACAUCGAAAGCACGAAACAAGCCAAAUUGAAGGAGCCUGUUGGUAUGCCAAGUAUUCCUGAGGAGCAGCAAGUGACGAGCAAUGAAGAAGUGAAAAAAGACGAAUUAUAAAAAUUAAAUUAAUUUUUUAAAAAAUUUAUCAACUUACGUUUAGUGCAAAUAUUAUGGGUGUUAUAAUUUUUUUGUUAUUUUCUUAACUCAUUAAAUCGACUUUUAUUUUAAGGCUUA